AUGGAUGAGGAACAGUGGUUCGGGUCACCAGUAGACUCACCUGAUAGUGACUAUAUAUCCGAAAGUAAUGAUGAUGAAAGCGAGUUCAGCGACGGUUCUUCAACUGCCUAUGAGCCCACAGCGCAAAAUCGCCUGAGAAACCAGCCAAAUUCGCAAGGCACCGUGCCUGAACCAGUGACUCCUCGUUUUGCUGCAACUCGUCCCGAUGCAGCCGCAGAAAUGCUGGCAUCAUGCACUGCGCAAUUGAGCCUGGCGGAUAGAUCUGGUAGUCGCGAGAUCCCAUCAAAACUGCGUGAGACGCGCUUGGAGCAUUCUCAACGCAACGACCCUGACAUGAAGCAUGGGAGUGGUAACAGGAAGAAGUAA